AUGUUUACCAAAGUGCUGACGUUAUUCGCGGUGGUGUCUGCCUGCCAGGCAAUCUUCCCGCUGCACCACCACCACCACCACCACCCAGCCAUUUCCCAUCAAGAAAUACACAAACACGAUGGCCCACACCACCCUAUACCCAUUCAUCACCACGUUCCCAUCCCAAUCCACCACCACGUGCCGCUGCUUCACCACCAUGUACCUGAACAUCUCCCCAUCCAUCACGUUCCUCACAUUCCUCAUAUCCCUCACCAUGACCACUAUGCAUUCCCCGAAUACAAAUUUGCGUACUCCGUGCACGACCAUCACACUGGUGAUGUGAAGUCUCAGCAUGAACUGCGUCACGGAGACAUUGUGAAGGGAGGAUACGAGCUAGUUGAACCCGACGGCAGAUUCAGGAAGGUGGAGUACAAGGCUGAUGACCACACCGGGUAA